AUGGCUCUCAAAACAUACUCCUGGAUCACCUUUUGGUUCCUCGCGUCCGCCCCCGUCAUCUUCUGGGACGCGGGCUACUGCUUCUUCCGCCCGCGCUCGAUGAAAGGCGGCGACCUCCACUGGAUCUGGAAGCCGUACGAGAUCUACCAGGAAAUCGACUACGUGCGCGUCUACGGCGUCAAAGCGCUCGCCGAGAACAACGGCUUCACGAACGCCCAAUCCGCCCUCAACAUCGUCGAAACCCUCCUCAACCUCCUCUACGCCUACCUCGCCCACAUCUCCCACUCCCCAAUCGCCCCCGCCGUCGGCUUCGCAAGCGUCACCAUGACCCUCUCCAAGACCGUCCUCUACUGGCUCAACGAGUACUUCUGCGGCUGGUGCUCGAUCGGGCACAACGCCCCGCGCGACCUCCUCGUGUACUGGAUCAUCCCAAACGGGAUAUGGCUCGUCGUCCCCAGCUGCGUCCUCUACACCCUCGGACGCGACAUCGCCCGCGCGCUGCGCGCACACGCGCGCCCCGCCGCCCGGGAGUCCAAGAAGGCCCGCUGA